GUACAUAGCCGCCUUCUCUCUCUAUAUCUCAACCAACCCACACGGUCGAAGUCACUGCAAUCCCACUUCUUCUUCUUCUUCCUCUUCCUCGUCUCCCCACCCAACAGAAGAACGGUUCUUCGUUCUCUUUAUCAGUGUUGCUCGAGGAGGAGGGAGGAGGGAGGGGAAUGGAGAAGAAGCAUGGUGUGCUUUCGGCGCGGGGGAGGUCCAGAUCGGAAAGCCCCCGGCGGAUGGCGGAGCUCUUCCUCUCGCCACGGCGGUGGAAGCGGCUCGGGCGUGCUGCUGAUCCCGUGGCCCCGAGGUCUGGGAGCCUGGCGCCGUUGAUGGAGGGUCCGGACCCCGGGGAGGCGGAAGCCGCGCGGAAGGACCGGGGGUGGGGGCAGUGGGUGAGGGGCCAGCUGUCGCGGGCGCCGUCCAUCUCCGCUGCGACUGCCGCCUUCCGACGGACUGACCUCCGGCUGCUGCUCGGAGUCAUGGCCGCGCCUCUCGCCCCCGUCCACGUCUGCUCCACCGAGCCGCUUCCGCACCUUAGCAUCAAGGAUACACCCAUCGAGACUUCGUCGGCGCAGUACAUACUGCAGCAGUACAUCGCCGCAUCAGGAGGUUUGACGUUGUUGAGCUCCAUCAGGAACGCGUACGCGAUGGGGAAGGUGAAGAUGGUAGCGACCGAGUUUGAGACGGCGACCAGGGUCAUCAAGUACAGAAAUGCAACCAGGGAUGCCGAGGCCGGUGGCUUCGUGCUCUGGCAGAUGGCGCCUGACAUGUGGUACAUUGAGCUCGCUGUCGGUGGCAGUAAGGUCCAUGCCGGUUGCAAUGGCGAACUAGUUUGGCGCCACGCACCAUGGCUCGGCGCCCAUGCUGCCAAGGGCCCCGUCCGACCCCUUCGCAGAGCUCUGCAGGGGCUCGAUCCAUUGACCACAGCGAGCAUGUUUACCAACGCACGGUGCAUCGGGGAGAAGAAGGUCGAUGGGGAAGAUUGCUUCAUCCUCAAGCUCUGUGCAGACCCGCAGACGCUCAAGGCAAACAGCGAAACACCUGCGGAGGUCAUUAGGCACGUCUUAUUUGGUUACUUUAGCCAGAGAAGUGGGCUUCUCGUCCACCUCGAGGAUUCGCAUCUAACUCGAAUCCAGUCCGGUGCUGGUGGUGAUGCGGUCUACUGGGAAACCUCCAUCGACUCCUCCAUCGAUGAUUACCGCCCGGUCGAGGGUACGAUGAUUGCUCACUCCGGCCAUUCGGUCGUCACUCUUUUCCGGUUUGGGGAAGCAGCCCUGAGCCACAAGAAAACCAGGAUGGAGGAGGCUUGGACCAUAGAGGAGGUGGCUUUCAAUGUCCCCGGACUCUCCAUGGAUUGUUUCAUCCCUCCGUCUGAUUUGAAGCGUGGGUCCAUCAGCGAAGCCUUGGAGCUACCUCAAGGGGAGAGGGGGAAGAACGCCGUGGCCGGCGGUCUUCACGCUAAGGUCGCAGCUCUGAAUAAGUCACACGACGACGACGUCAUGUGGAGGUGGAAGUCUGAUGCUAAUACGAUAUAAGAUUUGAAGUGGAUUGAAUUGAAUUGUCGAUACCGACGAAUUCCCACUGACCGACUGACCACGAAAGAUUGGUCUGUAGAAGCUAAUUAUUCAGGGAUUACUCUGUAAAUAGAGUCAUAAUGGUUCGGUGGUCUUUUAAUAUAGCAGCAUUUAUAGAAGAGUGCUCCAUGAACAGUGCAGUUCCACCUCCUUGCCUCGAUGACUGGUUUGGUCUGGCUCACCAGCUCCGAUGGGAUGGGGGACAGAGGGCUUCUUCCACCUCCUUGUUUUAGCAUGGUGCUGCUGCUUCCAUUCAUGAAAGAAGCUGAUUGUUAUGGUGUCUGCAACAACUCGUGUAUCGAUCAGCAUGUCAUGUGUGCUUUUUCUUGUUUAUUGGUGUGGAAACCAUUCGGGUCGUAUGAAGCUGAUAGAUGUAACAACACGAUGCUCUUUUGUCUUAAGCUGAUAGAUGUAACCUUCCAAUCCACUUCAUCCAUAUUAAGAUGAUGUGAACCAAACCUAUGCUCUUCUUAUGCAUUAUUAUUAU